UUCGCCAUUGUGUGGAAGUGUUUCUGUAAAAGUUUACUCCCUGCUAAAACAAUAAAAAAAGAUGGAAAACGACGCCGGAGAAUUCGUUGAUUUGUACUGCCCAAGGAAGUGCUCUUCCAGCAACCGAAUCAUUCACGCUAAGGACCAUGCCUCGAUUCAGAUCAACAUUGUCGAUGUGAACCCGGAAACCGGCCGCAUGCUCGAAACCUCCAAGGUAUACGCCAUCUGCGGCGAAAUCCGCCGUAUGGGUGAAUCGGACGACUGCAUCGUCCGGCUUGCCAAGAAGGACGGUUUGCUGACCAAGAACUACUAAAUACUGAAUUUAGUUGUUUGAAAUCCAAUAAAAUUAACUAUUGAAACUGAAU